CACCGCUGUGUGUGCUGUGUGAAGGAACUUAACCCUGUAUGCUGUGUGAAGGAUCUAGUGGAAUACAACUUCAAGCAGGAACAGAAUUCAUCCAUCCGACCCCGGUUUGUCUCCCUCUCAUACAAAGCUCCAUCCAUCCAACCAAAACCAAAGUGGGGGAAACAAGGAAAACGUCUCGUCAGGAAACAUCUCAACACAAGCAAUGAAACCUCUGCGGCUUAUCUUCCUGUUUCUCCAGGUUUUUGUAAACUUGGAAGUGUCCUGGACACAGAUUGUUAGCACUUGUGAAAUGGGUGUACUACAUCCUCAUCUGUUCAUAGCUGGAAUGCUGUCAGCUGGUGAAGUGAUCAAAGUCGGACACAAGUUGCGUUUCCUCUGUGGUGCUGAGUAUAAACUGGACGGCUCAGAGGAAAUUGAAUGCUUACCAAAUGGGCAAUGGAGCGCCACCUUUCCAACCUGUUCUGUGAACACUUGUGAAAUCGGUGUACUACAUCCUAAUCUGUUCAUAGCUGGAAUGCCAUCAGCUAGUGAAGCGAUCAAAGCCGGACAGAAAUUACGUUUCCUUUGUGGUGCUAAUUAUGAACUGGACGGCUCUGAGGAAAUUGAAUGCUUACAAACUGGGCAAUGGAGCGCCACCUUUCCAACCUGUUCUGGCUUUUCAGGUUGUUCAGCACCACCAGCUCUUACAGAUGGAGACACCACUUCAUUUACUAGAUCAGAUUCACGAUACCGACAUGGUGACAAAGUUGAAUACAUCUGUCAGCCUAAUUAUAUAAUGGACGGAAGCCCAUUUAAAACCUGUGACAAUGGCUUAUGGACAGGAGAGAUGAGAUGUCUCAAACCGUGCACUGUGACCAAGCAACUAAUUAACACAAAUAAUAUUCAGUUUAGAUAUUCUGGGGAGAGCAAACUAUAUAUACCACAUUUGGAUCAUCUUACAUUUUCUUGUAAAAAGAGAACAAGUCAUGUUGGCUCAGUGCCUCUGCGUGUACAGUGUAAUGAUGGUGUGAUAACCCUGCCCACCUGCCAGUAAAAGUUAGCAGUGAGCUUAAUAAAAAAAUAUAUAAUCACAUAAAUAUGUAACUGACUUAGUACAGUAACGAAGUAUGUACUUCACUGCUGUUUGUGUACUUUCAAUAAAAUAAUGUGUUCUUGUC